AUGGAGGCCGUACGCCGAUUCUCGAAGCGUAUCUUCAACAAAAAAGAACGGGCCAAGGCUGAAAAGGCUGCUGAGGAGAUCAAGAAGGCUGAGAAGGCUGAGAAGGUUGAAAAGUCCAAGUAUGUUGAACCAAGAUCGAAGUUAGGGCAUAAAGCGCGUGGCACUAACCCUAGCAGGCCCCUUCCGCCUGCCCCCAAGGGCUCCACUCAGUCCGGAGGUCGUCAGGCCUCUUCCCAACCCGCGAAACGACGGAAGCUUCAGAAGAAGCCCCCGGGCACUUCGAAGCCCCAAAAUCCCUGGCGGAAAAUGAAGCCGAUCGGGGAAUACCCAUCGGUCGCAGAGUACCGCGGCGCCGGCGUGACUCCUGCCAAACGGGUUGCGGAGCGCGUCGCGACCAUUCCUGCCAGCGCCCCGCGCAAAGAACCUGAGCUUGAAUCUGCUGCCUCUGACAGCGGGCUUGAGAGCCUGCCUGUCGAAAAGGGCGUUGAAUAUCUCUCCAAACAAGUGACAGUCCCUUCGCCCACUCCAGUCGCCGAGACUCCGGAUGAGACCACUCCAGCAAUCGAAAGCGCAGUCGAAACCACCUCCAAUACCCCCGACUACCUGGCCGUGCUGAACGCACUCCCCCUUCCUUCCUCCGAGAAGUACGAUGUCCACCGACUCCGAACCGUCAUCAAAUUCUCCAUCAUGCAUGCUAUGGAGCAUGGCACCCGCGGCUCCACCUUGAGCCUUCUUUACUUCUGGUCUAAGGCCGUGAACGACGAAUUCGCACUUUCCCUGGUCCAUAAUCUCGCCAAAGGCACAGAAUCAGAUCCCCAACUGCGACUUGCCCUUAUGUCCAUCGUCAACAACUCGGAAACCGAGGCCAUUCAGUGGUAUCAGAACUACAUUGGCGCCACAGCAGUCGAACUGCAUUCGGGCAGUGACUCUGGUUUGUCAUCUGGUAAAUCGGUUGAACGAGAACCCGGCUUCAAGGUCUCAGAUAUCUAUCGCGAUACAAGUGGUCCUCGAAUGGAAGAACAAUUUAUGAGUGGUAAAUCAAACACCGCUCCAAUCAAGCGACCCAAAAAACCAUGUCCAGUCAACGAGGCUGCUUUCAAACGCAAACGCCAAUGGGAGGUAGAUUCAAAUCAUGAAGCUAGUGUGGAGGCAAAGCGUACUCGUUACAAAGCAGACCUGCAGACUGGAUUUCCCGAUGUUGUGGUCUCGUACAGCUCAUGCCGUGAAGAGCGCGGACCACCAGACGCCAUCGAACAUCCUUUCACCUUGGAUAACGACACUGUUAUCGAACGUUCUCGUUCUCUUCCUGUCGGAGGCACUAUCCACGGAGGCUCUAUCCUCGAUAUUCCCAUUACCAAAAGAUUCCCUCCCCCUCCUUCUUCCUACUCAACUGCACCUGAUAUUGUGGCUGAAAGGGAAGGCAGGGCUGGCUCUAGACGCCAAAGGGCAAAAGCCAAACGCCCUGAGGGCGCUCAACGUGCACGGUCGCUUUCUGUUGACACCACUAUCUCGAGCCUUUCUUCACUUUCCAACUCUGCUUACUCUGUCCGCUUCAACGAGUGGGCUGCUGACCAUCAGCCACGUCAAAUGCCGAAUUCUAUUGAACCCCCCGAGAAUAGCGAUGACUGUCACGAGUGUGGCAAAGGUGGUGAUUUGCUAUGCUGUGACACUUGCGAAAAUUCCUACCAUUUCACUUGCUUGAAACCUGCUUUGGAUCCAAAAAAUCCUCCACAAGGGGAAUGGCACUGCCCCAAAUGUUCGAUCCGCAACAGUUUUUCUACCCUGAUUGCCCACUCCAACCACUUCAAGAAGACAGAAUUCCAAGUCCCCCAAGAAAUCAAGGGACAUUUCAUUGGAGUUGACGAAGGAGUUGUGUUUGAACGCGAUUAUGCCCGAAAUCUGAAGAACCAACGAUAUUACAAGUCUGCGCCCCACCUACCUCGGCUGACUAAACCACCCAAGCAAGAUGGCCCUACCACAUACGCGAAUCCCAUGCUUCUCCGAGAAAGAGACAACAAGGGAGAUUUGAUCAAGUGCUCCAGGUGCGGUUUUUCGUCGGGAGGUACACGCCCAAUCAUCACUUGUGAUUAUUGUCCUUGCCGUUUCCAUCUGGAUUGUCUUGAUCCCCCUCGCGCACAACCCCCUAACCCCAAGGUCGGGUGGAUGUGUCCCAACCAUGUUACUGACAACGACAUGAUUGCCACCAAGGAGGUCAACGGCCACGAGCGUACGCGCCGUAUCCGCCGUACCAAGAAUAUGGCAUACAUUGAUUGUGACAUUCUUCUUCCCGAUGACCCCAACCAGAGUUUGUUUGACGAAGACUGGAGAGAAAAAAGAUCCCGCUUCCUUGGAGGCGAUGUCGUCCUGAAUUUCAUCAGUGCUGUGAAAAAUGAUCAUCAUGAACGCCAAAAGGAGUAUGCUGCCAGUGUUGAGAAGAAGUGUCUGGACCUGACCAGACAAAUCACUCUGGAAUACCUGGAAAAGCAGGGAGUCCUUGGUGCCUCCAACCUCACCACAGAACUCCCUGCCUUUUUCACACAGAAUGUGUCCGGUUCUAUUCGCAACAUGAUCGCAGGUGCUCCAGUCUCAACUCAAGAUUUUGACGCUGCUUCCUCUCUUCUCGGCCUAUCCCGGUCCGAGCCUGAGCCAGUUGCUGUCCAAACCCCCAUCGUCGCCGGUGCCGAACGUGCCGGAACCACCAAUUUCACCAACACAGCCACUGCUACCAACGCUGCCAACGUUGCCAACGCUUCCGCGCCUGCUUCGUCUGGUGCUGCCCCAAAGACCGCCUCUCGGAUUGAUAAGGACUCUGCCUUGGAAUCGUCCCAUGCUGCCACCUCUCCCUCCCUCGACUUCACCAACCCUUCCAAGGCAGCCUCAGCUGUAUCCAUGAAGUCAGAUCAUCCCGACUCCGACCGUCUUCCCCGUAUCCCUGUGUUCAAUCGCAACAAGCGUUCCCGGGAUGACCAGGGAUACGGGGAACAGCCGGCGCAAAAGCGCCCACACACCGACUCCGAGUAA